UUGAAUGUCGUUGGGAAAAUUUAAAGGAUAAUCCUAAACGAAUGAUUAACAGUGUUUUAGAUUAUCCAAAGAAAUUAAUUAUUAUGAAUUGUCUUAUUAGAGAAAUACCAAAUAAAAACACACAUGUUAUUACUGAGGAAGAAACCAUUAAAAAAAUAGUUAAAGACUAUUUUCAUGACUAG